UACACUCUCGCACGCAGACAAGACACAGAAGGAAGAAUACGAAGAAGAAGCAAUCACUGACACUGCAAAAUAAGAGAGGCGGUGCAAUUUUUUUACCAGCCAAACGCCGCCGUCAGCCACCAGCUGCUUGUUCAAUUCGCAAUUUGGCAACCAUUUUCUGUUUCAAGUUACGCGUCGCAAGCGGGAUUGGUGGGUGCUGAAUUUGAUGGUUUGUAAAUACAUGUUUCUCUGUUUUUAUCAGUAGCCAUGAAGGUGCGUUCAUCUGUGAAGAAGAUGUGUGAGUUUUGUAAGACUGUGAAGCGUCGUGGGCGUGUUUUUGUGAUUUGCACAGCCAAUCCCAAGCAUAAGCAAAGACAGGGCAUGUCGACAUUGGCGUAUGAAGGCACGGUGUCCUCCCUGUUUGUGGAGACUAGUUCCAAGCAGGAGAACAACUCUGGUCACACCUUGCAGGCAGGUUUGGCCUCUCUGAUACCCAAAAAGCCAGAACCCUCUAUGCCCUCUAUGCCCACCACGAUUCUCGGAUGGAGGGUGCGCCUGGCAUCCAUGCUGUCCAGAAACACCAAUUAGCUUCAAAACUUGAAACAGGAUGACAGCAAACUUGAUCCAAGUUUUUAGGUUCUUUUCUUUGGUUAUGUCAUACAUAUUCAAAUUGUUAUAAUCUACUCUAUUUUCUCUUCGAUUUUAUUGUUUAGUCUGCUACUACAUAAUUUAGUCCGUGUCUCCCUCGCCUUCUGGUAUGUGUAAACUUGCCGUGCAAGACAUUUUAAUGGCAGCGACCUUCACCUGCUCGAUUUAUGUAAUUCCGGAAUGGGAUGCCUUGAGUUGUAAAGGACGCCUUUUUCGGAAUCAGACGUUAUGAAAGUGAGACAAUUUGGAAUCUGUA